UUUCUUUAACUUUUGGAGUGCAAAGCACACGAUGUGUGCAUUCGCUCGCCGGUUCGCGCAGUUGCCUGUGUGGCGUGAACUCUUAUAAUAAUUUUUUUUUUUUGAAUAAUUUCCUUCAAAAUUAUAAGUGAAUAAAAAUUUCCCAAGUAAUGAAUCUAAAAUAGUGCUUCAUUUCAAGUUAAAGUAGUGCAACAUUUUUGACAAAUUAAUUUGCCUUUUUCUAGGAAAAGAAAAAACCAGGUGAAUUUAUAAAAAUAGAAAAGCAAUCAAUCAAAAUGGGUGAAGAAAAAUAUAAAGAUAAAGCGCCCACUGAGUUGGACACGUUCCUUCCCCAUGAUGGAAAGAAGGAAGAAGUUUUACCAAACAAAUAUAAAGUUCAGGCAUUUACACGGGAUCUGGAAAAUGGAUACGAUGGAAAAGCAUUUGAUCCUUUUAUGGAACGCAAAGUAGAUAAUCCAACGACGGAUUGUGAUACACUUACUCAUCUAUUAAAAGCAUCUCUAGGAACUGGAAUUCUCUCAAUGCCUGUUGCGUUUAAAAGCGCUGGACUUGCAGUUGGAGUUUUUGCUACGAUACUAGUAGCUUUUGUAUGCACACAUUGUGCUUAUGUUCUUGUAAAAUGUGCUCAUGUUUUGUAUCAUAGAACAAAAAAAACACAAAUGGGUUUUGGAGAUGUGGCGGAAGUUGCAUUUGCAACUGGACCCAAAUGGGGAAGGAAAUUCUCGAAAUUUUCUAGAUAUCUCAUUGAACUAAGUUUGUUUAUAACUUAUUUUGGUACCUGCAGUGUGUACGCGGUAAUUGUUGCAAGAAAUUUUCAACAAGUCAUCGAACAUCAUACGGGAGAUGUUUAUAAUGAGAGAAUUAUCAUUAUGACAUUAUUAUUGCCUUUGAUAUUAUUGAGUUGGGUGCCUGAUUUAAAAUAUCUAGCACCAGUUUCAAUGGUAGCAAAUGUUUUUAUGGGAACUGGAUUAGGAAUUACUUUUUACUAUCUAGUCAUUAAUAUUGAACCAAUUGCAGAAAUUCCAUUAGUAGCCCCACUUUCGGAAUUUCCCAAUUUUUUCAGCAUUACAAUUUUUGCUAUGGAAGCCAUUGGCGUUGUAAUGCCUCUUGAAAAUAGUAUGAAAACACCUCAACAUUUUACCGGCAUCUGUGGUGUUCUCAAUAGAGGAAUGGGUGGCGUUACAAUGAUUUACAUUCUUCUUGGAUUUCUUGGCUAUUGUGCAUAUCCAGACGAAACUGCAGAAUCAAUAACAUUGAAUCUUCCAGUUGAAGAAAUACCUGCACAAGCUGUUAAAAUACUUGUUGGUGCCGCUGUUUUUUGUACAUUUGGACUUCAAUUUUACGUAUGUCUUGACAUUGGAUGGAAUGCCAUUAAAGAAAAAUGCCAAAAGAGACCUAUACUUGCUAAUUAUAUAAUGCGAACAGUCCUUGUCACCGGUUCAGUUUUGUUGGCCGCAGCUGUUCCGACCAUCGCGCCAUUUAUUGGUCUUCUUGGGGCUUUUUGCUUUUCAAUUCUGGGACUUUUGAUUCCCGUCUUUAUCGAAACUGUGACCUAUUGGGACAUUGGUUUCGGUCCAGGAAAUUGGGUAGCUCUAAAGAAUGUAGUUAUUUGUAUAAUAGGCAUAUUGGCUCUAGUAUUUGGAUCUCGCAGUGCCUUGAUUGAAAUAAUUAAACUUUAUGUACCUAAUGAAAGUAUCAAUGAAAGUUUUCAUGACGUUUUCAAUGGAAGUUUAAAUUUAAAUAAAACAAUUGGAAAUUUAUUAAGUCCAGUAACAGGAGCCUCUACAAAUUUCACAAUAGGUGAAUAGGUUCCAGUUUCUUUUUUUUUACCAUUUUAAUAAUUUAAAGAGGCUUGUCUCAUUGCUCCAAUUUUUUUUGAGCCUGUGACUGAUUAAAUUUUUGUGAAUUUUACAUUAAAACAAAAGAAAAACAAAUUCUCAGAGACAUUUAUCGAGCCUUAGGAAUAUUUUUUAUACACCAAAAGAAAAGAUAAAAAACUUUAAAAUUCAGAAUAACUCUUAUAGCAAAGCAAAAUUCUCUACAUCUAAUAAAUUUAAAUGUUAAUUAUGUACAUUAAUUGUCAAUCAAAUAAUGUACAUAUUUUAAUAAUUAAAUGUAAAUAAUUUUUAAUACACUAUAAUCUCGUUAAGAGAUGAAAAAUAAGUGUUUUUAGAAUAUUAAUUUUUCAAUGAAAGUAAUUUAUGAAAGUGAUAACAAAUGAAAAAGAAACAUUUUAGAAACUAUUUUUGCACAAAUAAAAAAAUAUUGUAAUAAUUGAAAAGAAAACAUGAAAAUUUAGCUAAUUUUAUUUUAGACGAGAAUUGAAGAAGUGAAAUAAAAGCAAAAAUUUCUAAAAUGAGCUAUCGUUUGUUUUCCUUUGUUUUUUGCUUUUUUUUAACGCGCACUGCUUCAAAACAAAGUACAAUUAAUAGAAACCGAAAAAUUUAGAACUAAGUAGCUAAUUAAUUAUUUUUUUUCUUUUUUUAAGAACAAAUUUCAUUAUGUUAGGACAGAAAUUAACAGUAUUCGACUUUACACGUAAUUUUUAUUCGUUUUCUGAUUUUAAAAAUUUAAUUAUUUACUUCUUAUUUGUAAAUCAAUUUAAAUAAUGGUUGAAUUUAAUUAAAUCAAAUUAUUGAAAUAAUUGAA